AUGGCCGAAUCAUCAGCAUCAGCAGCCCAAAACGACAGUCAAGAAGGUGAGUUUGCAAGGUUUAGCCACCAAAUGCCAUUCAUCGCUCACAGCAUUCCUUUUAGAAGCCUCAACGCCACAGGGAAAAUCCUGCGCCCACUGCAACAAACAAGAAGAAUCGCCCGAUCCAGAAGCCAAUCCAGGUCUCAAGCCAUGCAUCAUGUGCAAAUCGGUCUUGUACUGCUCUCGGGACUGCAAGAAAGCCGACACGAAGAAGCAUAAGAAAGUCUGCGCGUCCCUUGCUCAGGAAUACGCGAGGACGCACGAAGUCAAGAUGGCGUCGAGAGCACCACCUAAGGCCGACACGCACCGCGGUGGUCUACAGAAGUGGCAAUUCGAUACUUGA